AAUCACUCAGCGGCGUCAUCCGGGCUCCAGCGCCGUGGGAUUCCCAGCGCCUCCACUGCUGGUCCGUCGGCCCGAUCAACUCGUCGCGUGGGCCGGCCGUUCCCUGAGAGUCUGAGCGCUCGCCGCAUCCCCUUCCGAGCUUCUAUUGGCCGUGGCAGACGUCCGUCUACCGCUAUCUCCGCCCCAAUACGGAAGCGGCCUAGUCCUCCGGCUCCGACAGCUGGGUGUCCAGGCCAUGGGGCAGCCCUGGACGGCUGGGAGCGCGGACGGGGCACCCGCGCAGCUGCCUCUCGUGCUCACCGCGCUGUGGGCCGCGGCCGUGGGCCUGGAGCUGGCUUACGUGCUGGUGCUCGGUCCCGGGCCGCCGCCGCUGGGACCCCUGGCCCAGGCCUUGCAGCUGGCGCUGGCCGCCUUCCAGCUGCUCAACCUGCUGGGCAACGUGGGGCUCUUCCUGCGCUCGGAUCCCAGCAUCCGGGGUGUGAUGCUGGCCGGCCGCGGUCUGGGCCAGGGCUGGGCUUACUGCUACCAGUGCCAAAGCCAGGUGCCGCCACGCAGCGGACACUGCUCUGCCUGCCGCGUCUGCAUCCUGCGUCGGGACCACCACUGCCGCCUGCUGGGCCGCUGCGUGGGCUUCGGCAACUACCGGCCCUUCCUGUGCCUGCUGCUUCAUGCCACCGGCGUCCUGCUCCACGUCUCUGUGCUGCUGGGCCCUGCACUGUCGGCCCUGCUGCGAGCCCACACGCCCCUCCACAUGGCUGCCCUCCUCCUGCUUCCCUGGCUCAUGUUGCUCACAGGCAGAGUGUCUCUGGCACAGUUUGCCUUGGCCUUCGUGACGGACACGUGCGUGGCGGGUGCACUGCUGUGCGGGGCUGGGCUGCUCUUCCAUGGGAUGCUGCUGCUGCGGGGCCAGACCACAUGGGAGUGGGCUCGGGGCCAGCACUCCUAUGACCUGGGUCCCUGCCACAACCUGCAGGCAGCCCUGGGGCCCCGCUGGGCCCUCAUCUGGCUCUGGCCCUUCCUGGCCUCCCCAUUGCCUGGGGAUGGGAUCACCUUCCCGACCACGGCAGAUGUGGGACACACAGCCUCCUGACUCCAGGAAGAGCCAGAGCUGUACAAGGAGGAAGUGGUGAGAGGGGGGCCCCCACCCCUAGACUCAGUAAGGAAGUCGGGUUGGACCUUAACAUCUGCACUGGACAACUCCACCCCUUCCUUGGCCUUGCCCCUGCCCGCCUACACUCCAGGGCUUGGGCCGUGACUUAGGCAGAGGAGUGCAGAAGAGGGUCUGGCAGGGGCUGCUCAGGCUGCCUAGCUGCCCCUUUGCCAGGUUAAUAAAGCACUGACUUGCUUCUCAGCCUCCCUCCAUCUUUGCACAGUUUCUGGCCCCUCACUUUGUUGCUGGGGCUGUUUCUGGGACCCUCUGUAGGGCCUGGAAACCGCAGGAUGCCUGAGGGUCUCAGGGGCUGGGGCUCUACCUCCCCUGGCCUGGGUGACUUGGGGGUGGGGCACCAGCAGGCCAAGGCAGUGUGGUACUGAUCCAGGCUAUAAGAAUCCAAACAUUCUUUCCCAGGUUUGGCAUUUUAUAGUUAGAAGCAUUUCUGCAACCGCAGUUUCAUGGAACCUCUCUUAGCUAACCUGGUCCAUGGGGCAGCAGUUACGCUCUGAGAAUCCAUGUGGUAAGAUCAUGGUGUGGCACAUGGAGGCAGGGUUCCAACCCAGGUCUUUGUGCUUUUGCCUUUACCCUUGCACAGCUGGAGGAAAUGAGUAGGAAAGAAAUCAACGUAAAGAAAUGCGCUGGGGCUGUUUGGGCACCUGUGGAGGGUGGUGCUGAGAGGGCUAGGCCUGCACCUCUCUGGACUCCGCAAGAGCUGCUUGUUAAAUGUUUCUGUGUAAAUAGAGUGAAUAGAGACCGCCAUUUCCACAUGGCAGGCCUAAACACA